GUGAAGAGGAAUUUCCGUAUAACGGUUCUCCGAGAAGAGCACACCCCAACACGCAGCUGGAAACACGGUCGAAAAGCGUCGUAUCUGGGCAAUAAAUAUUCCUAUAAACGCAUUAGUGUGGAGUGUACACGGUGAAGGGUGAUGAGGAUGAAGAUGAUGAAGAUGACGAAGGUGAUGACUGUAGUGAGUGUGUUUGUGGCCCUCGGUGCGCUCGCGCCUGCUCUGGGAGGCCAGCACUCUCUGUACUACACCUACACGGCUCUGUCCAAAUCGAUUAAACUUCCCGGAAUCUAUGAGUUCACUGCACUGGGAAUGCUCGAUGACCGAGAACUCGACUACUACACCAGCGAGACUCAGGCUAAGGUUCCUAAACAGCACUGGAUGAGCGAGAAGAUGCCACAGGAUUACUGGGAGAAAGGCACUCAGUCCCGCAAGAGCAAAGAGCAGUGGUUUAAGGUCAACGUGGAUAUCCUGAUGGAACGUAUGGGACACAAUAAGACUGAGCUUCAUGUUCUUCAGUGGAGACAUGGCUGUGAGAUUGAAACUACAGGUGGAAAUAUUAAAUUUGUGAGUGGAGUUGAUGAGUACAGCUACGAUGGCACUGAGUUCCUCUCCUUCGAUGACGUAAACUCGAGGUGGAUUGCUCCAGUCCCAGCUGCUGAGCCGACCAAAAGGAAAUGGGAUGAUGUGCCCAUCCUUAACCAGUACACCAAGGGCUAUCUGGAGAAAGAGUGUGUGGACUGGCUCAAAAAGUUCAUGGAUUAUGGAAAAGAAGAACUGAGAAAACAUUCUCCACCAGAUGUACAUCUGUUUGCAAAGAAAUCAGUAACUGACCCCAGCAAGUUGACCCUGACCUGCCUGGCCACGGGAUUCUACCCUCCAGAUAUCGAGAUGCGUUUGAGGAAACUCAGAACUUCUCUACCUGAACAUCUGGUAACAUCCUCAGGAGUCAGACCCAAUGGUGAUGGCUCCUACCAGCUGAGGAAGAGUGUGGACAUUGUGGAGGAUGACAAAGCACUGUAUGGUUGUUAUGUGAACCACGAAACCCUCCCGGAACCAAUAAUUAUUCCCGAUGGCAAAGGUAUUCAGUGCCCAGACUGUACUGCACCAAGCACUCAGAGCGGUAUCAUCGGUGGAGUGGUCGGAGUUCUGCUCACAGUGGCUGUGGUUGCAGGCAUUAUCUUCUUCCUUAUAAGGAACGGACAAAUCAGGUUGAGAUGUAACAGUGGAUCCCCAGCAAACAGCACUGUUCAUGUGCCGCUUGCAGCUCCUGCUCCAUCUCCUGCUACAGUGUCUGCUACAGUGUCUGCUACACACCUUCCUGUCAAUAAGGGACCAUACAUCAAUGGUGCUAAAGCUUCUGACAGCGCAAUUGACUCUGGAAAUGACAGCGCUAGUGGAUCAUCAGACGGCAGCCAGGGGAAUAUUGGAUCACCAGCGCACAGCCAGAUGCAAAGUGAUGAAAACACCCCAAUGCUACCGUAAUCUGAAUAAUCCUGCGGCAUGAAGACAAGGAUCUCAAACCUGACGAUAUGAGUGUGGGGGACUGGCAGAUGAUACAAUCAAUAUAAAAAGUCUACACACCCCUUUUUAUGUGAUGUAAAAAAAAUAAUUAUAUAGAAAGACUAAGAUAAAUCAUUUCAGAACGUUUCUCAGCUUUAAUGUGAAAUUGCAACAUAUAAAAAAAAUUAAGUGAAAAACAAUCAGAAACGUUUCUAGGGAAACUAGGAAGGGAAAAAAACUAGUUGCGAGAGUAUGCACACCCCUAAACUAAUACUUUGUUGAAGCACCUUUUGAUUUUAUUACGCCACUCAGUCUUUUGGGGUAAGAGUCUGUCAGCCUUGCCUUGGCAAUAUUUUCUCUCUUUCUUACAAAAACAUUCUGGAUCCAUCAGAUUGUGAGGGCAGCUCCUGUGCACAGCGUGCUUCAGGUCUGGUCUGUGCCUAGGUCAUACAAAAACAUUUAUCUUCUUUUAGUGAAGCCAUUCCUUUAUGGAAUUGGAUGUGUGCUUUGGGUCCUUGUCCUGCUGAAGGUAAAAUUGUGGAUAGUGGUGGUUAAAAGCUCUGGGUUACUACCUGCCACUGUUGGGCCCUUGGGCAAGGCCUUUAACCCUUAAUUGCUCAGUUGUACAAAUAAGAUAAAUAAAUCACACUGGAUAAGGGCAUCUGCAAAAUACUGUAAAUGUAAAUGUAAAUUCCCCUUCAUCUUCAGCUUACUAGCAGAUGCAGUAAAAUUCGGUUGGUAUUUGUAGCUAGUCAUGAUUCUCUCCACCUUGAUAAAAGCCUCAGUUCUAGCUGACGAUGCUGCCACCACCAUGCUUCACCGUGGGUAUGGUGUACUUUUAGUGAUGUGCUUUGUUUGCUCCAAACAUACCUUUUGGAAUUAUGGAUUUAUUAUACCUUUUGGAAUUGGUCUCAUCAGACCAUAACACAUUUUGCCACAUGGUUUGGGAUGAUGUAGUUGAGCUUGGAUGUUUUUUGUCAGAAAGGGUUUGCGUCUAGCCGUCCUACCCCAUAGUCCAGAUGUGAAGCAUAUGAGAGAUUGUUGUUACAUGCAGAUAGUAAUCAGCACUUGUCAGAUGUUCCUGCAGCUCCUUUAAUGCUUCUGUAGGUCUCUUGGCAGCCUCCCUGGUAAGAUUUUGUCUUUUCUUUUUGUACAUUUUGGAGGGAAGUCCUGUUCUUGGUGAUGUCGCUGUGCUGCUCCUUUUUCUCCACUUGUUGAUGACGGCCUUCACGGUGUUCCAUAGUACAUCUAAUGUUUUGGAAAUUCUUUUAUAUCCUUCUUCUGAUUGAUAUUUUUCUAUGAGUGAGACCCCGUACAUGUUUUGUAAGCUCUUUGCGGACCAGGGCUUCUGCAAUCAGAUGAAACCAAGCAGAUGUGAAGUAAAUCCUACAGAAACAGCUGGUCUUUAUUUGGGGUUAAUCAGAAUAAUGUCAUUGAUGACAGCUGUAUGAUAAUUACUUUUGAACAUGAGAUUGAAAGUAAUUGGUUCAUUCUGAACACAAUUAUAAAAACAUUACAAAAGGGUGUUCAAAUGUAUAACAACCAGGUUAUUGUCUUUUUUUUUUUUUUGUCCUAUUUUUCCCUACAGUGUUUCUGAUUGCCAAGAGAACCACUGGACAUCACACACAGCUUGGAUUUAAUGCUUUAGUGCUGCGUUCAAAGAUCACUCAGAUUCAGAUUUGACCCAAUCAAUCACAUAAGCCCUCAAAUACGUCGCAGCACUGAUUCAGUUUGCUGUUUGUCAAUAUCCAGUGCUGUUUAAGAUAGGCUUAAAGAAUCGUCCUCAUGGCUUGGUAGCACUGCUGUAUCUCAUUUACAUGUCUUCUCUUAUUUUCAGUUUUUUUCUCCUGUCUUCUCAAAAGGACAUACAAAGACAGAACCUUAUUUUUGUUUGCGUUUUAGAUACAUGCUGUAUAUAGGAACAUGCAGAAAGAUCUAGCUCUAUGUGUGAUCCGUGUUUUCAGAUGCGUAUUGAUGACAGCUCAUCAUUCGUACACAGUGAGUGAAGCCCAAAACAUCGAUCAGUUUAAAAAUGAGCAGCGCUAAUCUGUCGAGUCCAGUCAUUAGCAUUUCAUUUCAGCUAACUAAACAGCUUGAGAACCACCGCAGCUUCUGACAGAACCCUUUAGAGGUCAGCUGUACGACAGUAUGAGCUUUCAGAGAGAAGGUAUUUGGUACACUGCUGUGUACAGAGAUGAGGAGAACGGCAUGCGGAGAGAAUAUUGAGUAGGUUGAAGGAACGUUGGUUUUUGGAGUGUUUGUUAUAUUAUAGACUUUUAUUUUGCCAAGUCACUUCAGGUCACAUCAUUUUAACAGUUACUGAAAUCACAGUAUAGAGACUAGUGUAGAUGUUUUAUAUCACAAUUUAACCAAACUCAGUGUUUUCCCACUGUUUCAUAAUGACAACUGCUCAAAACAUAUAGGUGCUUUCAGUGAACUUUUCAUUGUGUGUGUGUGUGUGUGUGUGUGUGUGUUUUAAUAGCAUCAACUAAGUAUAAUCUGCUAAGUUGCCUAAUGUAUGUAAAAUGGCAAAAUUGCAAAGUAUUUUAUUUUAUUUUGAGUUUGUAUUAUACUCAUUUUAAACAGAACCACAAAGCUGUAUUAUGAGUGGAUUAUGAUUAUUUUUCAGGUGAUGUCCUAUUUACUUUGUGUAUUUCCUGAAUAAAGUCUGCUUUUUGGCCUGCUUCAUCCACAA